AUGUCCGGUUAUACGUGCAUCAUACAAACCCAGCCAGACGGCUCGACCAUCUGUGAGGACGUGGCUCCCUACGAAAAAGCCUUGAUGGAGGCGACUGUUGGACAGGCCGUCUUAUUUUCGCUCCUGUUCUCUUUGUUGACGACCGUAAUGGUCAUCACCGUACGCUCGCUCAUACGCAAUAGGCUGCGCACUCGAACGGAGCGCAUGAUGUUUUCCCUCCUCUCCGUCAUGUACACCAACACCACCAUCAUGUACGGCUUCUUCCUGUACACGACGCGCCGCGUAGUAUCAUCCGCCGGCCACUCCGGAUCAGUGACCGCCGAUGGCGAGUCCCCCGACCAAUCUUGGACUAUAAACUCGCUCAGAGCCGGGUUUUUCAUACUUUUCGCCAUCAACACAGUGCUGGGCGAUGUGGUACUCCUCCACCGUACGUGGGUCAUAUGGAGUGGCAGAAGAGUCGUCUCUGCCAUUUCCAUCAUCUUAUUGCUCGCUGUUAUCGUGACCUGGAUAUAUGCCAGUAUCAGCAAUGGUGCACUCUUCAUCUCGAUAGUGCCGUCGGCAGCGAUCAGCACCUGGGCCACCGGCGCCAUUGCCUACAAGUCUUUUCAACACUGGUCCCUGCGCCGCGCGCAAGUCGCUAUCGUCUCACGCCGCAGCCGACUUGAGUCGAUACUACACAUCCUGACCGACAGUGGGAUGGUGUACACGAUACUGUGGGUGGUACUUCUUGGACUCAGCGUCCACCCGGAAUACCGCACCAGCUCGAACACGGUCUACGACGACUCCAGCUCGGGAUUCCCGAUUGGGUGGCUUCAGGUCCUUAUGAGUGCCGUGGUACCCAUUUAUCCCAUGUGGAUCAUGAUGCUCGUCGCCGGCAGUCGAAAGGAAGAGCCAGUAGUCACCCCGGACCUCGGCACGGUUUACCAGCCAAGCACAUUCGACAUGCGCCUUCGAGAAACGCAGACAUCUAAGGAAGAAUGUCACGAGCUUCUGCCAGCCUAA